AUGACAUCGAAAUCACAAAGCUGUCGUGGUUUCAGAGCGAGAGGUACCAGGACUUCUUUCAAUUUCUGGACUCAGUGGGUGGGUUUUGGCUCUACAGAUGGGGAGACCACGCAGUUCGGACCAUUGCCAUUGCCCUUUUUUCUUGAUCCAGAUUUGCUGAUGAGGAUGCAAGUGCCAUAUGGUCAUCAAAACACAUGCCGCUGUGGAGGUGAAAGACCUGAAGAGGUUUGUGUACGUGCUUCGACAUCGGAUUGGUGGCGCUGUAUCCACCGUUCGGAAGUGAGCAGCCUACCUCCAGGAACCAUCGUUGCCUCUGGUGAAGUAGAGACUGUGAAGGAGGAGAUUCUCUUUGGCGGUGAGUAG